UUUGGGGGGGGGCUUUCUAAGUUUGAAUACAGUGAAGUAUUUCUUUCUCUGCUUAUAAGCAAUUGGUUUCACCAUUUGCAAACACCUUACAUAUUUAAUUGCUCUUAUAUUUAGAUUUGCUUCAAUCUAUUCAGUAGUUGGAGAAGAAAAAUAUAUCAAGUUUAGUUUUAAAAUAAGUUAGUGAUUUUUUUUUCCAUCAGCAUUUCAGAACUGCAGAUAAAAUGACUUCCUGUCUCUCAGUUUCCUGUAUCCAUGGUAAUUUGAUUUCAGCCAGUCAUUGUAGAGGAGCCGAUGGGAAGAAUAUUUCCUGUAGGAACAAUUGCAGGACUGGUAGGCAAAGUGAGAAAUUUCAACAGAAGGAAAAUAGUUAACUGACAAAAUGAGCUUCAUAUUCUGGCGCAGUCAAAGAUGACUUGGAGAGUCAAAGCCUGGGAUAUGUAUCAACUUCAUCACUUUGAGUCAUUUUGGCAUAUUUUUAUUUGUCUUCUGCUGAUGAUAAUCCAAAAGGAUAUAUUUUGUUGUCCAUCAGUUUGCCAUCAGUGUAGAGGCAGACAAGUUGACUGUCGUAAUUCAAGUCUUUCUUUUAUUCCAAACAAUUUUUCACAGAAUACUUCAUUUUUGUACUUAAGUGGCAACAAUAUAUCACACAUAAAUCCCAAUGCACUGAUAAGCCUCCAGCAGCUUGUUGUACUACACUUGGACAAUUCUGGCAUUGUAUAUGUAUAUCCAAAUAUCUUCGCUGAAUUGAAAAAAUUAUGGUAUCUACAGCUGAAUAAUAAUUAUAUAAAAUAUUUGUAUCCUGGAACAUUUGAAGGACUUUCAAAUCUUCAUUCUUUAUAUCUUCAGAAUAAUGAAAUUGACUUUGUUUCCGAAGGAUUAUUUGGUAACCUCACUUCCGUUCAUUAUCUAAUGCUGCAAAACAAUCACCUCAGGAUCCUUGGUAGCCGCAUUUUCUUUGGCAUGAUUAAUCUUCGAAUUCUGAACCUAGCAAAUAAUAAGAUUUCACAAAUAUCAGACAGAGCAUUCCAGGACCUUGAUAAUCUUACAGACUUGCACCUUGAAGGAAAUAAUUUAACAUGUGUGCCAUCCACAGCAUUUCUACUACUGGGGAAACUUCAAAAACUUUCAUUGUCACGAAACCCUAUUGUGUCAAUUCCUCCUUUUGCAUUUAAAGGACUUAGCAAGCUUGAAUAUCUAUUUUUAAAAGGUGCAAAAAUAAACACUAUUAGUCCAAAUGGAUUUUCAGGGCUAGUCAAUCUUAAAAGGUUAGUUUUAAGUGAUAAUAAUUUAGUAAACAUCAAUUCCCAUACUUUCUCAUUGUUGGAUCAUAUGAAGUUUUUGCAUCUUGACAGAAACAAAAUAAUUGAUAUUUCAGGUAAUACUUUUGGAGGAAUAGGAUCAUCUUUGAAAAUACUUGAUCUAUCUUUCAAUAAUCUUACAUUUUUACAGCCUAUAGUACUCAAGCCUUUGAUUUCUUUAACUCAUUUACAGGCAAAUUACAAUCCUUGGGAUUGUAGCUGCAAAUUACAGAGAUUGAUGAAUUGGCUAGCGGCUUUUUCUAUCUCUGUGAAACUCCUUUGCCAAAGUCCUUCCAGUCUGCAUGGAAGAUAUAUGAAUUAUGCUAGUUUGCAUUUGUUCAAAAAUUGUUUCAACAGUACAAGCCUUGAAAUUUUCAAGAACAGUAAAUCUGCAGGAAUCCAGCAGAGUUUUACUACUUCAUUAAUGGCACAGAAUAUGUACCUCACAAGGAAUACAGUUCAAGAACAGUUGAACUUCAAUUCAAAUGCAGUUACAUCAUUGGUAAAAGCAUCUUAUACAUCUGCUUAUCAAAAUCUCAAUGAAGAAAAUUCUAAUAGGAAGUCAAAACAAGAACAAAUAGCAACACACAAGCUACCUGUUCAUUUUACCAUGGAAGAAAAUAAAGUACCAUCUCCGGAAGCUGUUUCUGUAUCAUUUAAAACAUCACUAAUUUGUUCACAGCAGGUAGAGAAACUAAAGCAGGCUUUUGACAUUUUAUUAAUCUUUUUCAUUUUGGCCUGUGCUAUGAUCUUCUUUUUGUUAUACAAAAUUAUUAAAUUGAAACAGAAGUACAAUAUGCAAAAGAACUCUGACAAUGCAAUAGAAUACUAUGGCUUUUAUCAGGCUGGUAGUUACAAUGUUACCGUAUCUCAGAACCCGCUGGGAAGUUCUGAAUUGAAUCAUGUUGAACUUUCUAAAUCAACGGCCCUUGAAAACCAAGCACAGGUUAUCUUAUUUGAACAUUCAGCACUGUAAUACAUUCAUCACAUUUUUUUCUUUUCAUGUGUAUAGAA